AUGCUUGCAGCGAUAGCUACAAAUGCAAAAAAUUUUUACGCUGCCGAAAUUGCAUAUGGCGCAUUGGAUGAGAUUGAAAAAGUGAAAUUUUUAUCACAGUUACGUGAGGAACAAAAUACUGAAAUUCGAUCGGCAAUGAUGACAGCUUUUUUGGGAAAUUUCAAUGAUGCCGAUAGUAUUCUUGUACAAAAUGGAUGUAUCUUUCGUGCUAUCAUGUUCAAUAUUUCAUUAUUUCGAUGGCAACGAGCGCUUGAAUUAGCGAUAAAAUAUAAAAUGCAUUUGGAAACGGUAAUUGGUUAUCGUCAAAAAUAUUUGCAUGAGACGGGACGUAAAGAGAAUGAUCAGAAUUUUCUAAGGUAUCAAUCAAAGGUAGAAAUUGAUUGGGAUCACAUUCAACAAAUUAUCCAUGAAGAUGAAGCCAAAGAUCAUUGA